AUGGAGAAGUUACCGGUCGAGAUUCUCGCCAAAAUAAUUGACUUUCUCACCCCGCAGGAGCAGGUUCAACUUCAGUCCGUCUCGAAGCGGCUGUUCAACGUCGCUCGUGAUAAUACCCUGUGGAGGCUUCACUGCUACGAGAAGUCAUGGGCGGCCGUCGAUGCCUCUCGUCCCGCUCACCGGCCCUCGGAAAGCCUGGCCACUAAUCCUACCGCGUCGCUCAGCGUGCUCGGACAGACGUCCCUGCGGUCACUUAUCCAGCCGCAUGCGACUCGCUUCGAAGAUGGCCACGCACCGCAGACCCCGUCAUUCGCCGAACGAUCGAGAGCGGCGGCCGGAUGGGACCCGUCCUACGAGGGAGAGGAUGUCGACUGGUACUCCGAGUAUAUUGCCCGGAAUGGGCCGCUGUCGUUCAACUGGAUUCAGCAUCCGUACACGCGGGAAGCUGGAGGCAAGCGGAAAGAUCACCGGGAGGCGAAAGGGAUGGGGUUACUUCGGGAUUGGAGCUCCGCGAGGCAAAAUAAGGUGAUCGCGCCGCUGGAUGAUGGUAGUGUCUGCAUUUGGGAUCUCAACCAUUCGCAUGCCAUCGGCUCGCAGAGUACCAAAGGCAAUAUUCUGGGUGUCAGCGAGCCGGGCAUCCUCAUGGCCGAUGUUUCCCGGAAGAAACAGAAUCCCGCGGCAAAGCUGGCGCUGGAGUUUAUCAAUCUGGGCGAGUGUGUGAGCGUGGAUUCUAUGCGGCGCAGAGCGUACCUGGCAGUUGGGAACAUUCUCAAUGAAGUGGAUUUAGAGACCCUUCGGGUUGUCUCGCAGCAGCGGUAUCCUUGGUCCGUGUUUGCUUUGUCCCAGGAGACGGAUUAUUCGGUGCCGUUGACCUUGGCGACAACGUUGAGUAUGCAUAUAUAUGAUGGCAGAAUGUCGGCAAUCGAGGAAGAAGAGGCCAUCCAUUCACGGUGUGAAAAGUCAACGCCGUCUCUGGUUCCCAAAUCCCAGCUCUUCGCGCCUCCAAACUCGCCGCUGCUCCAGCUCCGGCCUAACGGCCAACCCCCUCGUCGCAUGCGAAGCCCCGAUCCGUCGGAGCCCGUCGACAAUUACGCGCCACUAUUCCAGCCAGGCCCUCUUUCACUUUUACAUCCUCCAGCUCCCCAUCUGAAUUCUAUAUUCCUUGCAGGUCGUUUCCCGAGCAUCCUCCAAUAUGACCGGCGUUUCUUCCCUCGACUGCAGAGCACCAUUCACUCUGGCGGUCGGUUGUGCGGGCUGGCUGCGGUUCCUGCACCGCGAUUUCCCGUUGUCUCCGAACCGUCGUGGCCAAGCUCCCAUCAGGUGGUAGCCUGCGGUGAGUAUAAAGGUCGCGGUUCCCUUGAACUAUACAAUUUGACCCCGUCAGCCCGGAAUGUGGGCAAUGACCAGUCAGGCUGGUCAUCUAACUUGGCCCUGGUGCACCAGAAUCGACAGAGUGCGGCCAGCUCGAAGGUGCUGUCAGUUGAAUCUCAUGGCACACGGAUUGUCUAUUCUGAUGGAGACGGCAAUGUCAAAUGGACCGAGCGGGACGGACGGUCCGAGAUUCGUCGUUUUAACAUCAACACGUAUAAGCCGCGUGGGAAGCCCACACGACGGUUUCACACGGCUACCUCCGCUGAACAGGGGCCUGAUUCUAUCAUGGAUGAGCAUGAUGACAGUGAGACCGGCGGCCUGUGGGGCAACUCUCGCUCACGCAGCGAUGGGGAAGUGGCUCGCAAGAUACUCCCCACCGGAGGAAACCUAACAGGGGAUGAGCUUCUCAUUUGGACAGGGGAGCGCAUCGGCCGGGUCAAGUUCUCUGACGUUUCCCAUACUGAAGAUGAGGAAGACGACGAAGACUUGGGUAUAGAGGGAGAAAUGGACGAUGCGAAACGCGACGAGAUGCGCAAGAAUAGGCGCGAGCAUCGACGUCGAGAGGAAGAAUACUCCCUUAUGAUGCGCCGCGCACUAGAACAGCAGGCCGAUGAAGUACGGCGAACGGGUGGCAUGGGAAUGUGA